AUGUAUAUUCGAUCAAAACCAACUGCUUUUGAUUCAAAUAGUAUAAAUGUUAGUCCUUUUCAACCUGGUUCCAGUGCUGUUGAUUGGUGUGAACCAAAUUAUGUUGUCAAUGAAUAUAUUGCUGAAUUUUGGAAUUCAGUAUCCAAUAUAUUCUUCUUUUUGGUUCCACCAUUAAUGAUUAUUUUAUUUGCACCUUAUUCAAAACGAGUUGCAAAUGGAAUAACAUUACUUUGGAUUUUAUUAAUUGUUAUUGGUAUUGGUUCUGUUUAUUUCCAUGCUACACUUAGUCUUGCUGGACAAUUAUUAGAUGAAAUAGGUAUUCUAUGGGUACUUAUGGCUGGUUAUGCAUUAUUUUUACCAUCUAUGCAGUUACCUCAAUCAUUUCGUGUUCAACGAUUUAUUAUUAGUUGUAUUAUUGUGGCUUUUGUCGUUACUUGUCUUGGUGUUGUGUAUCCAUAUGCAAAUUCAUUUGCUCUAAUGAUUCUUGGUUUACCUGCCAUUGCUUUUAUGGGUAUACAUCUGUCAAAAUGUGAUAAUCGUCGUAUUAGAAAUCUUGGUAUUCAUUGUAUAGGUAUGUGGGCUAUUGCUGUAACAAUAUGGAUAUGUGAUCGUAUAUUUUGUUCAUUUUGGAUUUCAAUAUCAUUUCCUUAUUUACAUGCUAUAUGGCAUGUAUUAAUUAUAUUUAGUAGUAAUGAAGCUAUUGUUGUAUGUGCAUAUUUAAUUAUAAAAUAUCAAUAUUCACAAGCAAAUCUUGUUUUAUAUACAUGGCCAAAUGAAAAAUGGGGAUGGUUUACUUUACCAUAUUUAAAAUUUCAUGAUGAUACGAAUUAUUUAGCAUCACCAAUGAAUAAUUUUAUAAUGAAAGCCGAUGUUUAA